AUGCACUGCCGGCUCCUCCGGGGCCUGGCCGGAGUCCUCCUCACCCUUCUAUGCAUGGGGCUCCUCUCCCUACGGUACCGCUCAAGCCCGUCCCCGCAGCGUGUGCCCGACACCCCAGAGCUGAGCCCGCCAAGCCCUCGGCCCUCCGAGCUGCAGCUGCACGAUGUCUUCAUCGCAGUCAAGACGACCCAGGCCUUCCACCACUCCCGCGUGGAGCUGCUGCUCAACACGUGGGUCUCCAGGACCAGGGAACAGACGUUCAUCUUCACUGACAGCCUGGAUGAAGGCCUCCAGGAAAGACUGGGGCCCCACCUUGUGGUCACCAACUGCUCUGCAGAACACAGCCACCCUGCCCUGUCCUGCAAGAUGGCCGCUGAAUUUGAUGCCUUCUUGGCCAGUGGGCUGAGAUGGUUCUGCCACGUAGAUGACGACAACUAUCUGAACCCGAGGGCGCUGCUGAAGUUGCUGAAAACCUUCCCCCAGACCAGUGACGUCUACGUAGGCCGGCCUAGCCUGAAUCGGCCAAUUCACGCUUCGGAGCCGCAACCUCACAACCGCACAAGGCUGGUACAGUUCUGGUUUGCCACCGGGGGUGCUGGCUUCUGCAUCAACCGCAAACUGGCUUUGAAGAUGGCCCCUUGGGCCAGUGGCUCCCACUUCAUGGACACCUCUGCCCUCAUCCGGCUGCCUGACGACUGCACCGUGGGCUACAUCGUGGAGUGCAAGCUGGGCGGCCACCUGCAGCCCUGCCCCCUCUUCCACUCCCACCUGGAGACCCUGCAGCUGCUGGAGGCUGCCCAGCUUCCAGAGCAGGUUACCCUUAGCUACGGCGUCUUUGAGGGGAAACUCAACGUCAUUAAGCUCCAUGGCCCCUUCUCCCCUGAGGAGGACCCCUCCAGGUUUCACUCUCUCCACUGUCUCCUCUACCCGGAUACUCCCUGGUGCCCGCAGCUGGUGGCCUGA